ACCGCCCUGUGCAGAGGAAGAAGAAAUGUCACAAGAUAAGGAGCGCUGAGCUAAAGCCUCCAGAAAAGAAGCCCCAGUAAAAUCUGUGUCAUUCAGCAAACGUCCUCUGAGAAAGAUCACAACAGGAUAAAGUAGGGCAGCUUUCUUGCCUGGUAAGAGAAGGCAGUGGCAUAAUGAAGAAGCAGCUUAUCACCCACCUUGUAGGCUUUUGCUGGCUCAUCUGCUUCAAGGGGACUCAGCAUUUCUCCAGCGCUGUGAACAGGUGCGACGAUCCAAUGCUGUGCCCUGAUUAUGCAACGUGCACCAAUGCUCGCCAGGGCUACUACUGCACCUGCCAACGUGGGUUUGUAUCCACUUCGGGGGCCACGGAGUUCACCGAUCCAGCCGUCCGCUGCAAUGCUGAUGCGUGUGCAGCUUCAUCUGUCUGUCCGGCUUUUGCAACCUGUGAAAACAUCCCUGGGAGCCACCGCUGCGCCUGCAAACGUGGGUUUGCCUCUAGCUCUGGGGAGCAGUACUUCACUGAUCGAAAAGUGAAGUGCAAAGAUAUUGACGAAUGUUCCCGGGACCCAUCGCCCUGCGGCCCCAACUCCGUGUGCACCAACAAACGGGGCAGUUACACCUGCACGUGUCCCCCAGGCUACCUCCCCCCCAGCCAGCCUGGCAUCCCGUUCAGCUGCACAGAUAUCGACGAGUGUCUGGAUCUGGCGUCGUGCCCUGCGUCCGCCACCUGCACCAACACCCCAGGAAGCCACUUCUGCACCUGCAAUACCGGGUUUGCAUCCAGUUCUGGGGAGCAGCGCUUCACCGAGCCAGCAGCGCAGUGCAAUGAUAUUGACGAAUGUUCCCGGGACCCAUCGCCCUGCGGCCCCAGCUCCGUGUGCACCAACACCGUGGGCAGUUACGCUUGCACGUGUCCCCCAGGCUACCUCCCCCCCAGCCAGCCUGGCAUCCCAUUCAGCUGCACAGAUGUGGAUGAAUGUGCCCAAAACCCUGCAAUCUGCGGGCCCAAUGCCUCCUGCCUCAACACACCUGGGAGCUACACCUGCCAGUGCUCACCAGGGCACCUUCCCUCUACGCCAGGGCCGUGGGUACCCGGAACAACCCUCUGCACAGAUAUCGACGAGUGUCUGGAUCUGGCGUCGUGCCCUGCGUCCGCCACCUGCACCAACACCCCAGGAAACCACUUCUGCACCUGCAAUACCGGGUUUGCAUCCAGUUCUGGGGAGCAGCGCUUCACCGAGCCAGCAGCGCAGUGCAACGAUAUUGACGAAUGUUCCUGGGACCCAUCGCCCUGCGGCCCCAGCUCCAUGUGCACCAACACCCUGGGCAGUUACACCUGCACGUGUUCCCCAGGCUACCUCCCCCCCAGCCAGCCUGGCAUCCCAUUCAGCUGCACAGAUGUGGAUGAAUGUGCCCGAAAGCCUGCAAUCUGCGGGCCCAAUGCCUCCUGCCUCAACACACCUGGGAGCUACACCUGCCAGUGCUCACCAGGGCACCUUCCCUCUACGCCAGGGCCGUGGGUGCCCGGAACAACCCUCUGCACAGAUAUCGACGAGUGUCUGGAUCUGGCGUCGUGCCCUGCGUCCGCCACCUGCACCAACACCCCAGGAAGCCACUUCUGCACCUGCAAUACCGGGUUUGCAUCCAGUUCUGGGGAGCAGCGCUUCACCGAGCCAGCAGCGCAGUGCAAUGAUAUUGACGAAUGUUCCUGGGACCCAUCGCCCUGCGGCCCCAGCUCCAUGUGCACCAACACCGUGGGCAGUUACGCUUGCACGUGUCCCCCAGGCUACCUCCCCCCCAGCCAGCCUGGCAUCCCGUUCAGCUGCACAGAUGUGGAUGAAUGUGCCCGAAAGCCUGCAAUCUGCAGGCCCAAUGCCUCCUGCCUCAACACACCUGGGAGCUACACCUGCCAGUGCUCACCAGGGCACCUUCCCUCUACGCCAGGGCCGUGGGUACCCGGAACAACCCUCUGCACAGAUAUCGACGAGUGUCUGGAUCUGGCGUCGUGCCCUGCGUCCGCCACCUGCACCAACACCCCAGGAAGCCACUUCUGCACCUGCAAUACCGGGUUUGCAUCCAGUUCUGGGGAGCAGCGCUUCACCGAGCCAGGAGCGCAGUGCAACGAUAUUGACGAAUGUUCCCGGGACCCAUCGCCCUGCGGCCCCAGCUCCGUGUGCACCAACACCGUGGGCAGUUACGCUUGCACGUGUCCCCCAGGCUACCUCCCCCCCAGCCAGCCUGGCAUCCCAUUCAGCUGCACAGAUGUGGAUGAAUGUGCCCGAAAGCCUGCAAUCUGCGGGCCCAAUGCCUCCUGCCUCAACACACCUGGGAGCUACACCUGCCAGUGCUCACCAGGGCACCUUCCCUCUACGCCAGGGCCGUGGGUGCCCGGAACAACCCUCUGCACAGAUAUCGACGAGUGUCUGGAUCUGGCGUCGUGCCCUGCUUCCGCCACCUGCACCAACACCCCAGGAAGCCACUUCUGCACCUGCAAUACCGGGUUUGCAUCCAGUUCUGGGGAGCAGCGCUUCACCGAGCCAGCAGCGCAGUGCAACGAUAUUGACGAAUGUUCCCGGGACCCAUCGCCCUGCGGCCCCAGCUCCGUGUGCACCAACACCGUGGGCAGUUACGCUUGCACGUGUCCCCCAGGCUACCUCCCCCCCAGCCAGCCUGGCAUCCCGUUCAGCUGCACAGAUGUGGAUGAAUGUGCCCGAAAGCCUGCAAUCUGCGGGCCCAAUGCCUCCUGCCUCAACACACCUGGGAGCUACACCUGCCAGUGCUCACCAGGGCACCUUCCCUCUACGCCAGGGCCGUGGGUACCCGGAACAACCCUCUGCACAGAUAUCGACGAGUGUCUGGAUCUGGCGUCGUGCCCUGCGUCCGCCACCUGCACCAACACCCCAGGAAGCCACUUCUGCACCUGCAAUACCGGGUUUGCAUCCAGUUCUGGGGAGCAGCGCUUCACCGAGCCAGCAGCGCAGUGCAACGAUAUUGACGAAUGUUCCCGGGACCCAUCGCCCUGCGGCCCCAGCUCCGUGUGCACCAACACCGUGGGCAGUUACGCUUGCACGUGUCCCCCAGGCUACCUCCCCCCCAGCCAGCCUGGCAUCCCGUUCAGCUGCACAGAUGUGGAUGAAUGUGCCCGAAAGCCUGCAAUCUGCGGGCCCAAUGCCUCCUGCCUCAACACACCUGGGAGCUACACCUGCCAGUGCUCACCAGGGCACCUUCCCUCUACGCCAGGGCCGUGGGUGCCCGGAACAACCCUCUGCACAGAUAUCGACGAGUGUCUGGAUCUGGCGUCGUGCCCUGCUUCCGCCACCUGCACCAACACCCCAGGAAGCCACUUCUGCACCUGCAAUACCGGGUUUGCAUCCAGUUCUGGGGAGCAGCGCUUCACCGAGCCAGCAGCGCAGUGCAACGAUAUUGACGAAUGUUCCCGGGACCCAUCGCCCUGCGGCCCCAGCUCCGUGUGCACCAACACCGUGGGCAGUUACGCUUGCACGUGUCCCCCAGGCUACCUCCCCCCCAGCCAGCCUGGCAUCCCGUUCAGCUGCACAGAUGUGGAUGAAUGUGCCCGAAAGCCUGCAAUCUGCGGGCCCAAUGCCUCCUGCCUCAACACACCUGGGAGCUACACCUGCCAGUGCUCACCAGGGCACCUUCCCUCUACGCCAGGGCCGUGGGUUCCCGGAACAACCCUCUGCACAGAGGUCGCUUCAAACGAUCCGGUGAGGACAUGCCACAACCGAAGGCUGGACGCGGCUCCCGGCUCAUCCCCAGACGAUGCUGCCUUCUGCACUUUAUUGACCUCCACCUUCAGCGUCUUGGGAGACCCCUACGAAAGGAAGGACUCCACCGUCUCUCUGGUGAAAGCCGCUGCAGGAUUUGCCUCCAUCCUGGAGCAGACGCCCUCCUGGUCCAACCUGAGCACGGAGCAGCUGUCCACCAUGGCCACCGUCUUCCUGCAGAGGGUGGAGAGCGUCCUGCUGGCUGCCUUCGCCAACCCCACCGGGAAAGGGAACCAGACCAUCCAGAUGGAACAACUGGAUGUCCAGACCAAAGUCAUCGAGGACGGCUGCCCCGGAAAGGACUCAGUCAUCAGCCUGGAAGUCAAAGGGGAGACCAUGAAGAUUAGCUGCAGAACGAUCCAGGGAACAGUGGCACAAGCCCGGGCUGGAGUGGCGUUUGCCUCCUACAUGGGCAUGGAGUCCAUCCUGAAUGGCAGCUUCUUCCAUGGCCAAAGGGCCACCUCAGUCUGGAUGAAUUCCAGGGUGGUGAGUGCCGUCCUGACCAGCCAGACCAAGACCGAUUUCCCGGAUCCAGUCAACUACACCUUCCAGAACCUCAUGCCAAGCAGCAGCCCUGACCAGCUCAUCUGCGUCUCGUGGGAGGCCACGGCCUGGCGUGGCAGCUGGUCUCGGGCAGGGUGCGGGGUCCUGCACAGCAAUGCCACUCACACCACGUGCAGCUGCAAUCGCGUCUCCAACCUGGCCGUCCUCAUGGCAUCGGGGGAGAUAACGGCAGGCUUCCCACUGUUCCUCGUCUCCCACGUCGGGCUGGCCCUCUCCCUGCUGUGCCUCUUCCUCGCCAUCCUCACCUUCCUCUUGAGCCGCUCCAUCCGCAACGUGAACACCUCCAUCCACCUGCAGCUCUGCCUCUGCCUCUUCCUGGCCGACCUGCUCUUCCUCACCGCGGUGGACAGCCCCAGCCAUCAGCUGGCGUGCUCCAUCAUCGCCGGCCUCCUGCACUACCUGUUCCUGGCCUGCUUCGCCUGGAUGUUCCUGGAGGCCGUGGUGCUCUUCCUCACCAUCCGCAACCUCGGGGUCGUCAACUAUUUCAGCACCCACAGCCCCAAGAUGCGGCACCUAAGCCUCUUCGGCUACGGCUUCCCCACCCUGGUGGUGGCCGUCUCGGCGGCAGUUAUGCCGCAGGGCUACGGCAGGCAGGAAAACUGCUGGCUCAGCAUGGAGAAGGGGUUCAUCUGGAGUUUCCUGGGACCGGUGUGUGUCAUCAUCGGGAUUAAUUCCGUCCUUUUUGCCUUAACCCUCUGGAUGCUGCAGAGAAAGCUUUCCAGGCUCAACACUGAUGUGUCCACCCUCAAGAACACCAGGCUACUGACCUUUAAAGCCAUCGCCCAAGUCUUCAUUCUGGGCUGCACGUGGAUUUUCGGUCUCCUUCAAGUCGGCCCAGCCGCCACUGUCAUGGCGUAUUUAUUCACCAUCAUCAACAGCCUGCAGGGAGCCUUCAUCUUCCUGGUGCACUGCCUCCUCAAUCGCCAGGUGCGGGAGGAGUACAAGAGAUGGUUCACCUGCAAACCCAAGUCCUACGUUUCCGACGUCUCCAUGUCUACUUUAGCCACCAGCAGCAAAGCGGGCUGACGUUCUGGCCGGGAGGCAGGAGAUGCCGUCGCGCCACAGGAGAAGGAAGAGCUUAUCGCAGAACUUGAAUCCGCCUUCUUUAAAGCGCUUGCAGGAUCAGAGCUUCGAAACCAACCUCCCAGCUGUCUGGGCUGGAGUUUGAUCCCGGGGUUAAAUCAGUGGGCUGGAAAGGGGAGUGGGGUGUGAGGAUUACAGCUGCAGGUGCUGGCAGUCAGGACUCCUGGGUUCUUCUAUCUCUGGCUGUGGGGUCUAGUAGUUAGAACAAGUUACACUCCCUAGACAUGGGCCAGUAGUACCUAUAGCUUAGUCCAGCCCUGGUCCGCUGCUCCUUUUCCGAGAUUCCCUUUCUCCUUAUUUAUUGUGGGUCCCCCCCACAAUCCUUCAGUGCCCUGAAAUCUGAGCAGGUUUUGCAUGUCUGUGCCAUUUCAAUAGUGUAAAAGGAGUUUGAUUUUGAAUGCA